GCUGUGGGUUCCGGGCUCGGUGCUGCGGGUUCCAGGUUCCGGGCUGCGGGCUCGGUGCCGAGGGUUCCGGGCUGCGGGCAGGAGAACUUCACAGCUUCUAGGGUGAAGAAUUGUGAGGUAGAGGAAAGGACGUUGACUUCCUAGGACCGAGCCAGUGUACACGGCAGCUGGAUGAAGGAGGUCAGAUCUGGCUGUAGGUCUGCAGAGGCGAUCUGACCACCUGGAACUGGAGCUGGUCCAGAGACCGUUUCUGUGGCGAACAUGUUGGAGGAAGACGUGGAAGUAGCCAUUAAGAUGGUGGUCGUAGGGAAUGGGGCCGUCGGAAAGUCCAGCAUGAUCCAGCGAUACUGCAAAGGCAUUUUCACAAAAGACUACAAGAAGACCAUUGGGGUCGACUUUUUGGAGCGACAGAUUCAAGUUAACGAUGAGGAUGUCAGGCUAAUGUUAUGGGACACCGCAGGCCAGGAGGAAUUUGAUGCGAUCACGAAGGCGUACUAUCGAGGAGCUCAGGCUUGCGUGCUUGUAUUCUCCACCACAGACAGGGAAUCGUUUGAGGCCAUUUCCAGCUGGAGAGAAAAAGUAGUAGCAGAAGUUGGAGAUAUACCAACUGUGCUUGUACAAAACAAGAUUGAUCUGCUGGACGAUUCUUGUAUCAAAAAUGAGGAAGCCGAGGCCCUGGCCAAAAGGCUGAAGUUAAGGUUCUACAGGACGUCUGUGAAGGAGGACCUGAAUGUGAACGAAGUUUUUAAGUAUUUGGCUGAGAAACAUCUACAGAAACUCAAACAACAAAUAACAGAAGAACCAGAGCAGACACAGUCAAGCAGUAACAAAAUCGGUGUCUUUAAUACGCCCGUCGGAAGUCACUUGGGUCAGAAUUCAAGUACCCUCAACGGUGGAGACAUCAUCAAUCUUAGACCUAACAAACAAAGGACCAAGAAAACCAGAAAUCCUUUUAGCAGCUGUAGUAUACCCUAAAUUGUUUCGGGGAGGAGAAGAGCAGAAUUGCAUUCGCAGUUCACUGAGAACCGCCCCCGCGUCGUCGGGUGUGGUGAGUUAGCGUCUUAGGGGACCUUGCACCUCGCUCUGAAGGCUGACAUUGUAAUGAUGCCUGCAGCGCUUGUCGGAAUGUAGCUCCAGACCUCUGCUGGAGGAUGACCGCCUUGCGGACUCGUUCUAGUUUUUCCCGUUAGACGAAGCACCUCCUGUUUUUGAAGGGACACCAUAGGACAUGUCGAAAACAGGUCUGCUGAAUUUUAAAUGCUGAGAACAAAAUGAAACGGCUAAAUAUAUCGGUACCAGUUUUACCCUUAUGGACCAAGGAGAGAUAGCAAGCGUUCUUUGUUGGGAAUGUUCAUUCUGAAUGCUUAAGGAGAGGACUGAAGGAAGACCUCGGACCGACUGGUCAGCCUGCACUAGUGUGUGCUGUCACGGCACUUGUGGGGCGUCUGUGAGGUGUAGACUGUGGGCGUGUGCAUGCAGACACCCGGCUCCAGCAAGCGGAGAUCUGUGCGCCAGUGAAGGGUUUGUAGAUUCUAAGUAAUCCGCUCAUACAACCAUUUAUACAUUGUGUACCUUUCUGGUCUCACACGAGAACUCCGAGACAUAUUUUAUAAAACAAAUUUGAACUUAAAUGUGCCAUGUGCCAAAACAGCCCCCUGAUUUUUACAGUGCUUUACUACUGGAAUUUGUAUCCGUGGCGUCUUUUAAAGGCAGUUUCCUCUCCCACCGUGUAGGGGAGGGGAACGUAAACAUCUGAGUGCCAGGGCCUCUCCCCUGUGAAGUCUCUCCGAAGCCUCUGUAGGCUGGCUCCUGCUGCCACAAGCUUAGCCUCCUCCCCAGGUCCACAGGGCUCUGAACUUUGAAGAUGGAGGGAACCAUUUUUUCAGAAUAUACAAAGGAUAGUCUUUGGUCCUGACCCAGGUUAUGGAUUUUCCGAAGCCUUGCAACUCUAAAGCGUUCUUGUGUUUACAAACCUUGUAUAGCGUUUUAAGAUUAUUGCUUAAACUUUUCUGUGGCCUUUGGUUUACAUGGCACCUUAUCAAGAGCGGUUAGUCCCGAAAUGUCUGUGAAGAAAUGACCCAGUAUGUCAGUGAUGGUUGCAGACCUGCAAGUCGGGACACCAGCCUGCCAAAGAGAGAUGAUUUCAUGAGUUCUCUUAGAAACUGAUUUUUUUUUUAUCGGUGGUUAUGUUUUUAAAGUUAUAAACUCCUUUCCACAUUACUGGUUUUCAUGGGAUUUCAAAAUACAUAAAAAUGAUUUUUCUUGGAAAAUGUGCUAUAAAGCCGUUUCUAUUAUUUUUACUAAAAUAUAUAAAUGUUU